GGAAGAUGUCAGCGCGUAAGAAUCUGCGCAUGCGCUCGGCAGGCGCACUGUUGACGUGACGCGUUCAAGUCUGGCUCUUGUUUAUAUUUUUGUCAAAAUCAUGCCAGUUUUGUGACCUAAUUGUCAGUCGAGGGAGCGAUAUUGACAGCAGUUGCGUCAGAUUCGAGGUUAAGGUUUGAUUUGGGGCAAUGAACCUUGGAUCUAAAGCCAAAAAGCGGGUGGUGUUGCCCACUCGCCCCGAACCCCCCAGUGUGGACCAGAUCCUGGAGGACAUCAGCAGAGCUGCUCCAAACGACCCGGUCUUUAGCAUCUUGGAGAAAACCGGAGAAGAUCCGACCCUGCCUCCAGACAGCGAGGUGGAGUUCAGGUUCCAGCAGUGCCGGCAGUACCUGGAGCUCAAUGAGCGCCUGAAGGAGGCUCAGGGUCGGCUCCAGACGCAGAGGGGAGAGCUGCAGGCGGCAGGGGAGCAGCUGGACGGCAAGGUGGCUGAGGUCAAAGGUCAAGUUCUAUGAUCCUGACCUGAACGCUGAACUGUUACCGCAGUGCCAAUGAGACAGAAAUCAGCGGUUUGGAACGCAAAUGGCAUUUUCAAUUCAUCCAAUGAAGAAACGCAUCAAACUUGAAGAGAGACUGAAAAAAGGGAAAAUUUCUUCUGCCUGAAUCAUAACUUUCUGCAUCCCUUCUCGAGCAGCUGAGAGAUUCAGAUUGGUCAGUGUGUUUCUUUAAAUCACGUGCAUUGAGGAUUUACAUUCCUAAAGCUAAUAUGAACAUUAAAUGUAGCUUCUCAGAAUCUACAUUACCUUCAGCACAUCUUUUCAAGUCAAUUUACAGAAGCUUCAGAUAUUUUUUUUUGUAUUUUCAAUGUUUUAUUUAAUCUACUUGUAGUACUUUUUCUUAACACAAGAGGGCACUACUUAUUGAUUUUUACUCCAAUUGUGUUUGAGAAGAAAUAAAAACUGAACAAAUGUAUUUAUAGCUUAUUUAGUCAUUUAAUUUGAAAUGUUUGUUUUGGAACAUUUUUGAGCACAAUCCGUGUCUUCAUGUGAACAUCUUAAAGUCACAUUCUGAUUAUCUUUCGAUGUAUUCCCAAAGCGUUCUCAGACGGUUUUUAGUUAUGAUGAUGCUGUUUUUAGCCAACCCAUCCCCCAAAGAUCGUUUUCUAGGACAUACUUUCUGCAGAGUUUCAGUAGUUCAUAAGAAAUGUGCUUCUGAGUUGUGUGCCGGACUGUUAGCGUGGAGUAAACCUGAGCUGAUUUCCCAUCAUCCCUUUGUUUACACUCUUUUCAGUUAGCUUACAGCCCCUCACAACCUAAAACUAACAGUAGCGGUGAAAUAUAAAUGGCAAAUAAUGUUAGAGCGAUCCAACCGUACAAUUCAUAGGUAAAUAUCAGCUGAGAUAACGAAAACAAAGACGUACAUGGAUAUAGUUGACUACAAGUGAAUGCACCUGGAUGGAGUGCAGCAGGGAGCGUGUGGCCUGCCGAUUGUAGCUUCUACGUCACACCUACAAGCUUUUUUUAAACUGCAUUUUUUUUUCAUCUGUUCCUCAUUCGUGAAUUGAAUAAAGAAAUAGUCAGA